AAGCGGACCUUCAAGCCUGUACCAAGGAGGUCAUUAGUCAAAUCCUCACUGUGUAUCACUCUGAGGAAUCCAUGGAGGAAUGCUUCUCUAGCCUAAAAGGAGAUACAGAAGACCUGUCCAAGCUUUUGGAUGCCGUUGUUUCUCAGAUUGACGUCCUUGCCGCCUCCAAAUCAUAUUUAUCUGUUGAUGACUAUGCUGUCAACACACAGGACAAUUUGCAUGGUGAGAUCAACAAUGAUGAGGAGGAGGCAUCCUCUAGAAGUCUUAAAUCCACAGCCUUUGACAAACUAUGUACUGAGGAGUUUCAAACUAAGGCCUCACAUAUGGCUGGUGGGAUCCUUCAAUCAGAAUUGGCAUUGUAAAUACCAGCCUUGAUGGUAGAAGUGCAGACAUUUGUGCAGAGUCCAGAAAUGAUGGUGAUGAUAGAGAUGUCAAAAUCCUUCAGAAGAGUGGAACUCCACCUUUGUUCACCUCUUCUCUGCACACCAAUUCUGCAGCAUCCAACAUCGUCAUAAGCAUCACUAAAGACCUUAAUAGCUUCACCCAGAUGACCAAAAUGUCUGAUGCUUCAGUGUCUGGCCAGUUAGAGACCUCCCUGUCAGCUUCAACCCUUCCUGUCAGUGUUCACAACGGGGCCAAUGUGAAAGGAAAGAUCAUUUGGCCAGGCACUGUUAACCUGUUCAACAAUGUGUUCACCAAGGUCAAGGAUUUUUUUGUCCAGCAACAACCAGUCCUCCUAGACAAUGUGGUUGAGGCCCCCAAACAUGCCGAAUCCAUAUGCAGAACAGCUACUUCUACACAAAUGACUUACAGUGAACAUGAAGGCAGCCAGACCAGCAUGGUAAAUUAUUCCAAAGCCUUAAUUAGUCAGACUCUGAUGACAAUCCAGAGGAGAGUGUCUAUGUCAGUGAGGAUGAGCACUUCAGAGAAAGGCCUCUUGACUCGUUCCAUUGUGGGCUCCAUGUUGGAGGAUGUUGACAUGGUGAGAACUGAUGGACACGAGAUACACCGGCCAUCCUCCUCAAAGUCCUCCCUGUCCAUCACCUCUGCCAUGACCAGAGGGUCUCAGAGUGAUUUUACAAAUUCUCUUCCAGGCACUCCAGUCUCCAAUGACUGGCCUGUUGAAAUCUAUUGUCCUAUCAUUAGGAGUUCGGUCAUUGAUAUGAGUGACUCCUCAACUCAUUCACAAGGGUCAACAAAUUACACAAGGCAAACCAUCUCUGCCAUAGUUGACACUGUUAUGGAGGUCAUUCCAAGAGAAGAUACAGAACACAUAGCCACUGCAGAUGAUGUCACUUCUUUUACAAGAAGACUUGCGAGACUCAGCCCCAGGGACGGUCUUCAGAACUUCUCACAUGAGCUCACUGACAAAGUUUAUGAGCUCAUAAAAAGUCACAACACCCCCCAGGCUCUUUUUGUGCCAGCUGGCAAGAGCGUGUCUGACUCUAUUCUUUUGAAGCUGAAGACAGGAUUGAAUGCUUCUGAAGAAUCCAGGGAGUUUCCAUCUGACCUUGUGUACUCCUUUACUACGGAGUCAAUAAAACGUCUGCUACAGCAGAUUGUCUUCUGGCUUCCUCCACCAUCACAAGGAUCCGAUUUCUGCCAAACUAUCAUCUCUGAUGGUUCUCUGCAGGAAACAAGUCGGCUUAUGCCGAGCUCUUCUUCCAUCUCCAUUAGUUCCUCACAGGUUUUCUGUGACACAAAGAGCCUUUUCACCAAUAUAAUGGUCAAUCAGGUCAUGGAUACCUGUUCUGUGGCCUCCAAUUCAUCAGAAGAAUUAUCAGAGUUGAUGAACAUAAUCAAUGGGUUGUCCCCAACUGAUGCUGGAACACUUGACUCUGACAGACCGGCUCUCAUGACCACUAGCCGUCAGUCUAGUUCCAAAUCAUUGCCUAGACCCUCUCAGUCUGGCAGCAGCACACACAACGGUGGAACUGUGGAUAUUCAAGUUUUAGGAGAGGUGGAAUCCAAGAUGGACAACAAAGAUCUGGAGAUGUCUAGUGUCUCUGUGCAUCCACCAACUCCAUCAGCCAUGGACUCUGAUACACAUGCAUCAUUUGACUCCACUAGCAAUGACUACACCUCUUUGGUACUUUUACUGAUUGUUAGAUUGCUGUCAAUGAUCACCCCUAUCACAUUACUGGAAUCCUCUGACAUUGGUGAAACAUCAAGAGUUCUCACAAAGAGGAUUCUGUCUGAGUUCUGUGGCGCCUCAGGCCUUGAACCAACUCAAGCCUACCCCCAGAAUCUGAAAAUCAAAAAGAUUUUCAAGGCUGUCUACAUGGGGCUUCUUCAAGAAUUCGGGUCAGAGAAGAUGCUCCAGGUUGCAAUGAAGUCAACGGAUUUUGCAGUUGACGAUGCCCUGGUCAAAUCAUUAACGAGGGAACUACUAACUAAAUGCAAUGAGGCUAGCUCUUCACCUCCCUCCAUAACACAGUUGUCAUCACACAAUGCACUUGGCAGUGACGAGGUAGGUAAUUCUGGGCUUCCAACAACUGGUAUAAAGGAAAAGAAGAGAGGAAGAUUCAGCGCUCUCUGUGGACUCAAUCUAAAGGUACAUAUGUCAUCAAAAUACAAAUUGUAAAGAUUAUUUUUAUUAAUUACAUACAGUAUGAUGGUAAACACUGAUACCCUUUGUGUGCAAUUUCUCCUACUGUAUAAAUGACUGUUUGUUACCCAGUGUACAAAGAAGGUCAACAAGAAGAACCACUGCACUCCAACACCUUCCCAGAACCAGACCCCUGCCGUCAGUGAAACAGCAAUUGUCAAUGAUCAAGAAUCCUGCCGAACAGAGAGUAUAUGCUCCACCAAGAAGAAACCAAGGAAGCGUUCGCUCAUUUCCAGGAUGUUUUCAGCUAUAGGCAAAGCCUUUUCCAGUCCCUUUACUUCCUGCUAUAAAAAGAAG